AUGUAUGAAAGUUUCCGGUUAUUUCGCCGGUGCCUUGAUUUUGCUGUGGGUGAUAUCCUGUUGGAUUGGAGUAUUAUUAGCGAGAACAAGGAUCUGCGUGGUCGUUCAUCAUCAAAAUGUGGUGGUGAUGCUUCUCCAGGCUCUGGGGGGGCCCCUGGGGCCCCUGGGGCCCCCCACCCAACUGGGGGCCCCCCAACAGGGGGGCCCCCUACUUCUACAGAAGAACUGGUUGAGACUGUAGGAGAAGAGCAGCAAGUGCAUGCAUUCUCUCGUGUAGUAAUUCAAAGAAGAGCUGUUGUGGGGCCCCAGGGGCCUCAGAUAUUAAAGCAUGACGCCCGAUCUGCAUUAACAGCAGAGGAGUGGGAGAGCGCUGAACCACGUCGGGGGGGCCCCCGUAAGCAGCGGAUUCCUAAGGAAUGGAUGUGCUGCUUCUGUAAGGGGCUUAUGAGACAGCCUUUAUUAAUUAAAUGUGCUGCGAACUGCGGCAACUCUGCAUGCAGAGCUUGCAUUGAAGAGAAGCUGCAGCAGGAACGUGUCUGCCCUUUCUGUCGCUCGGGCUUCCGCCAGCUUAUUAAAAAUAAAAGAUUAGAAGAUAUGAUAAGAAGCAUUAAUCCAGAUGACUACGAGCUGCCUGCUGCUGCUGCAGCAACAGCAGCAGCAACAACUGCAACAGACCCAACCGCAGCAGCUACUGACGCUCCUACGGCCACUCUCCAAUUGUCGGGUACCCGCGUGCAGCAGCAGCAGCAGCAACUGCAGCAGCAGAGAGCAGCAGCAGCUGGCAGCCAGGUACCUGGGCUGCUUCCAGGAGGAGGUAUUAAAACGGAAGCGGCACACAUGAGUACUGCAGAGACCCCUGCAGCAGCAGCAGCAGCAGCGGCAGCAGGGGGGCAGGGCCCCCGCCAUUUUGUGUAUUUGCUGCCUCUGAAGAAUUUGCAGCUGAUGCGGCAGCUGGAUAUGAUGGUGGUGGAGGCAGCCUCUGAACUUGCUGCUGCUCUUGCUACGGCAUGCAUGCGCGAUGCAGAGUCUGCUGCUGCUGCUGCUGCUGCCAACGGCAGCAGCACGGAGGGUAGCGGUGCUGAUGCUGCUGCUGCGAGUAUAGCAGCAGGAGCAGCUGGUGCUGCAGGUUCAUUGUCUGUGUUGGGAAUGGGUGGGUGUGCUGCUUCUGGUUCUGCUGCGUCUGCUGCUGCUGCCUCUGCUGCUGCUGCUGCUGCAGGAGCAGGUUUUCUUGAGCCUAAUGGGGGCAGCAGCGAGUGGAUAUAUCUUCUUCCUUGUUCUCUAUCUGGAGGGGGGUCAUCCUUUUCUGUUGGGGGCUCCGUCAGGCUGAGAGCAGCUAACAGAGUGCAGCCUUCAGACCCAUCUUGUGCAUACAUUCUUUCAGCAUGGGUUUCGCAGCAAGGAGCUCAGGGUUCUGCUGCUGCAGGGGGGCCCCCUAGUGGGGGCCCCCCUAUUGGGGGCCCCUCUGGUGGGGGCCCCCAGUGGUCUUCUUCUUCAGGUGUAUCUACACCUGCUUAUGUUAUUCGAAUUAAUUGGGUAGAGAAAUAUGGAACUAUGCCGAUGCUGCCUUCUAGGAAGCAGCCGCUAUGUGCAUUAUUAGGGGGCCCCCGUAGGGGGGGCCCCCUUCCUGUUCGUGGUGGUGGGUCUGGUAUGGGGGGCCCCCUUUGCAGCAGCGGGGGGGGCCCCUCUGGGGGCCCUGGAUUGCUUAAGAGAACGGUUUUAGGGGCCUCCACUGAGGUAGCUGUUGAUGCUAAUAAAUUCAGCGAAGUAAUGUUAGGUGUAAGAGAUUAUCUGCAGUUCGGCAGCAGAUCGAGCGAGCCCUGGAGGGGGCCCCAACAGACAGCGCAGGGGGGCCCCCUUGGGGCCCAGGGAUCCGGUGCAGCAGCAGCAGCAGCUGCUGCUGCUGCUGCUGCUGCAGAGGCAGCGAGGAAUAGCAGUCCCCCACGAGCAACAAAUGCAUUUGCAGGGGCAGGGCCCUCAGGUGAAGAGGGGGCCCCUUUAUCUGUUUCGUCUCUGUUGUCUUUAGCUGCUGCUGCCCGUCAACAACAACAACAACAGCAGCAGCAGGGACAGGGAGGAAGCGCAGCGGAAGCAGCAGCAGCAGCAGCAGCAGCAGCAGGGGGCCCCAAGCCCCUGGGGCUACCGGGGCGCCCUCUGGAUAUCAAGAAUCCUUUCAUAGGUUAUACAGCAAUUCUUCCUUUUCUAUCAGAAGAGCAGUUUAAUCAUGUGCGGCGUCUGCAGAUAAAAGCACUUAAAAAAACAAACAAAGCCGGCAAAGGGGGAGGGGCCCCAGAGGCCCUUAAGGGGCCCCCAGCUAGAGGGGCCAGCAGCAGCAACAGCUGCAACAGCAGCACCUGCAGCAGCAGCAGCAGCAACACGCGACACACCAGCCUUGAUAAUAACCAUAAAACAACAGGUGCAGCGGUUUGCAAACCCUCAACAGGACCUGCUGCUGCUGCUGCUGCAGGAACGGCAGCGCGCACAGCAGCAAAUACAGCAACAGCAGCAAGCGCAGCCACAGCACCAAGUGCAGCAAGAGCAGCAACAAGAAAAAAAUCAGGAGCGAGCACGCCAGCUGCAGCGCUAGCAGCAGCAAAAGCAGCAACGCGAGCACCAGUUGCAGCAGUACCGCCGGCCUUGCCAGCAGCAGCAGCAGCAGCAGCAGCAGCAGCAGCAGCAGCAAGAGCAGCAUGUGUUGCGUCAAGAGUUGGUACGUGUUCAGAAGUUCGUAGUUCAUCAUCAUCAUUAUCUGCUGCUGCUGUUGAUUCUGUUUCUGCUGCUGAUUCUGUUGCUGGUGCUGCUGCCACUGGUGCUGUUGCUGCUGCUGCAGCUGGUUCUGCUGCAUCAGUACCUUGCACAGUGCAGAAAAGAGGGGUAGGGGGCCCCCUCUCUGCUUCAGCUCGUAGGGCCCCUGUAGUGGUGCCGCCUCCACUAAAGCGGCUGCGCGUUGCUUCAGGGGGGGGCCCCUCGGGGGCCCCCGUGGGCGUAACAGCCUCGGGGGCCCCUGGGGGCCCCCCAGAGGCCCCCGUUGGGGGCCCCCUUGGGGGCCCCCUUGGGGGGCCCCUGGGGGCCCCCGAGGCUGCUGCUGCGCCUUGUACGUUUGCUCGAGAGACACUGGGUAGUAGGGAAGCACCAGCAUCUGUUGAAGAUGCAGAUGCUGCUAGCUGCAGCAGCAAUGGGGGAGAGUUUGGCUGUUCUGCUGCUGUGGCGUUAGCGAAGGGCAUACAGGAGCAGCAGGGCUGUAUUAGAGACACCGGAGCAGGCAGCAAAGGAGAAAGUUACGUGCAGCAGCAGCAGCAGCAGCUGCUGCAGCUGCAGCAGCUGCAGCACACAGCUCCGGACGGGGCUCCAGACGAGGAAGAAACGGGGGGGGGCCAGCUAGAGUAG